CUUAAGCUUCACUCACUUCCACACUUUUAUUUACUUUCUUUCUUCAAAAUCUCAAAAACCCUCUACCCAAAAAAAAGAAGAAAAAAACAUCUACACUAUGUACGGAUACAACAAUCAUAUGGAAAACAAUUCUAGUUAUGUGUAUACACAUUUUCCAACUUCACAAACUCUGCCAAUGGUCUCUUUACCACCACCUUUGGCCAUUCCCUCAGUGAAUAAUAUUGAAUAUGACUCAUUAUCCCCAUUGAAGUCAGAGGUUGGUUAUAACAGUAGUAGUUGCAGUAGCUAUGGUUCUCCUAGUUCAGUUACAAGUUAUGGAACAUAUGAUCCAAGUAAUUUGAUUCAAAGAAGCAUAAGCAGUCACUCACUUCUCAAGAAUAAUAUGGAGGGCUUUUGUCCACUUGUUUCUUCCCCAACUGGUUUUCUUGACUCAGAAACUAGUUCUGUGAGAAAAGUUUUAAGCACCGGCGAUUUGCAGGUAAUGCACCUAUUGCAACAUAAUCAGAGGUCAGAAAGCAGUUUAUCCAGUGAGAGUAACAGCAUAAUUGAAGGAAUGAAUAAAGCUUGCAGAUACAGUCCCGAAGAGAAGAAAGAACGGAUUGAGAGAUACAGAAGCAAGCGAAAUCAAAGGAAUUUUAAUAAAAAGAUUAAGUAUGAGUGCAGGAAAACUUUAGCAGAUAGCAGACCUCGCAUAAGAGGAAGGUUUGCAAGAAAUGAUGAAAUAAUUGAGAGGACUCCUCAGAACGAAUAUUGGACUCAAUCAAGGUUAGAAGAAGGCGAAGAGGAAGAUGAGAAUUGGAUUGGAUUUCUUGAUGCUUUUUCAGCAAACCUUAUUCCAUAAUCAUAUUUAUUUAAAUUAAGGGGAGAAAACAAAUUAAAAGAGUUCCUCAAGUUUUAAUGUUCAGGAACUCUUUUCAUUGUGUGGCAGUUAUUGUUUUUCUAGUUUUAGUGAUGUUUAAUCAAGAAUCCCUUUUAAGAUUGGUGAUAUUAUGUACAUUUGGCUUAUUGCAUAAUGAUUAAAAAAAAUGUCAUUUGAA